AUGCCCGCGGUCGUCGAGGAGAUGGAUACAACACCGAAUUCACAAGCUGCUAUGGAUGCAAGUGCGGCUGAUAAAAAGCGCAACAAGUUGGGUUAUCAUCGGACAUCUGUCGCUUGUGUACAUUGCCGUCGCCGGAAGAUCCGGUGCUUAGUGGCAGCAGAUGAUGCUCAGGGACGAUGCGAGAACUGUAUUCGAUUGCGCAAAGAAUGUCAAUUCUUCCCAGUCGACCAACAACCUCCCGUGGAGAAGAAGUCGCGACCCAGUUCGAGACUGGAUGCCGGAUCCGCAGACCCUUCAGUGACAACGCCAAUGUCAUUGUCGUCCUCGCCAACGAGCUUGAAUCCCGAUUCGGUAGAGGCUUUCUAUCCGUACGCCCAAGUGCCCAUGAACGCUUCCUCGGGAGAUAUGGCAUCUUUUAACCCUGGCGCAUUCGCGGCGACUCAGAUGCCAGGGUUCACACCUGAUCGAGCUAUCGCACCGGGUGAAUUUUCCGGAAUGCCCAUAAUGGAAGGUGGAGUUGCAUGGGAUGAGUUCACGACGAUAUCAGACCCACAGAUGUUGGCCACGAUGGCCGCAAACAAAGGGCAGAUGAUGAAUUUGACACCGAAUGCCUGGAAUUCUGCAGCAGUACCAACUGCAAUGUCCCCCAGCUCGCCCAUGUCCGGCGCAUCGCCAAUGACUGGCCACGCACAACCGAUGAACCCUGGACCAGCCUAUGCCAUGCAACCUGACGGGUCAGUCUGGCCUGUACCACCACAGCCAUCAAGGGCUAUGAGUUACCCAGGACAGGACAUGAGUUCUUCAUAUUCAGGCCACUUUCAACCUCAAAUGGCCCCGGACCUGAAACGCAGGAUGACUACACCUACUCAUCCACCCGUCACCCACACUUCCGCCGGGCCCAGUCCUGACAUGCAAGCGCCUCCAGGUGCCGUUCCCUAUCAAGCUCAAGCUGGGAUGGGCUUUGCACAAUGGCAUCAGAUGAAUGCCAUGCCCAGUGGAAUGGGCGUGGUACCGUACCCAAUGUACACUGGCGACGUCUCACAACGAUACGCCAACCCGCCAAUGGGUCAUCCUGGACAGCCAGGAAGAUCGGGACCCUAA